AACGGUACGUACCGGUAGAGGAGAUGGCGAUCAAAACCGAACAGUCCUUACGCGGAGAACAAGGAGGAUAGAGGUGAUUGCUAGUAAUGCAAUCCGAUGGUUGCAAGGCUGUCUCUGGAACUCUGUUGACAGAGACCUAACACUACUAAUGAUGGCCUAUGGUUCGGAUCCAAGCCGCUUAAAACAAGAGACCAGAAGAAAGAGAGUGACAAGAACGGAAGCUCGAAAUUGUUCUAUACUAGCAACGAUGGAUCGCAGUCGUUUCCCUCGUUCGUCCUCGAUCAUUUCAAUGUCGCCGCCCAGCGGGGUCCGUCCGCAGCAAUAUUCCCACGACGACAACAAGAGCGACAGCAACAGCAACAGCGACAAAGAGAAGGAUUCCGAGCGCGACUAUCAGCACCGCCAUUUUCGUUCCGCGGGAAGAAAGCGGAGUCGAAGAGACACCACCGACCACCGCUCCGGCUGCGAGGACGACGAAGUGCAGGUGGUGGACGCCCCUCCGUUGCCCAUCCUUCCGAUCACUGCCUGUCUUUCCGACACCGGCGAUGUCGAGGUACUCGGUUCGAGGGGGGGACAGAACGCUCUCUCGGACUUUCCCCACGCGCGGGAGGACUGCGUGGUCCAUCCUUUUGCGAACGACGGGCGCGCCCAAACGAAUCGAACCUUUUGUCCCAAUUGCUACUGCUACGUUUGUGACCUUCCCGCCUCCGGCUGCGGGGAAUGGUCGGCCCAUUGCCAAGCCAGCCGGGCCGUUCCGAACUGGAAGAAGCUCCGCGACGAAACGAGGGGAAGAACCGGCACACCAGAGCGGCAGAAGCAACAGAGGCGCCGAGAACACCGCCGUUCUCUACCGAGGUGGAGCGAAAGGUGGUGCCGGCCCUCGGCGGGGGCGCCGGCAGCGAACCGGAACGAGGAACCAGCAGAGGCAGACCCAGAUUGUCCCGCGAUUCCGGGAAGACCACUGCCCUCGCUGCUAGCGGAGAACCGGGCUCGAUUCUUGCGGGAGCGAGAACGGCAAAGGGGAUCGGCCAGGGAACGGAACGUUUUGGAGCAACAAGUAUUGUUGCGCAGGCGGCUUCAACAACAAAGAGAGCAACACAUUCGAACGCACGAGCAAGAACAACAACAACGGCAUCAGCAUCAGCAGCACGGGACCCCGUCGUCUUCGUCCGGAAGGGCUCCCGUUCGCUCCGAGGGUCCCGUGCCCGGCAGCAACAACAGUAGCCGUCCACCGCCAGCCACCGCAGCAGCACAGAGAAGCAAUCGCUCGUUUUCGCUGGGCAGUUUGUUCACCAAACAACGACGGGCAGACCAAGCCAGGCGGGAAAAAGAGAGGCGGGAACUCGAAUGGGAACGCCACCAAGAAGAGAAAGAAAGAGAACAAAAAAAGGCCUGGAAGCGUCUUCGACGAAAGCUGCCGGGCUGAGCUGGGUUGGUAUGGAGUGUAAAACGACGAACAAACAAACGAGAGGGAGGAGCGUUUCGUCUCGGAAAACGAAUGCGUGUCCUUCGUCGAGCCGAGACUUCAACCGCGACGACACCGAGUGGAUCGGUUUUUUGAUCGACAGGUCGCAAGGGUUUGCGAUCAGAUCGGGUCCGUCUAGAAGAGAAGAGAAGACAACGUGCCUCGAAAGAGCACAAAGGGGUAUUCCAUUCUAGCAACACCAGCAUGCAAUGCAAUGCACGAAAGACAUUCCUUCUCAACUCUACAAAGCUACGGUGGGACCACGGAUGCACUAUCUCUGUUCGCUAUGCCACACGCAGCAGCAGAAGCAUCGUAUGUAGCAAGCAUGCUACGAAGACAACAUGGAUUGGUGUCUUGCUCCGUUGGUUGUACUUUCAACUCCGCCAUGUCUGGCUUGAAUGACGUCUAGUCCCCGCUGGGAACAACCAACAGCGGCAGCAGCUCUUCUCCUCCUUCUUUCUAGAAAGAUCGAGAUGAGCGUUUGUUGUGCUUUUGGGGAGCUGGAACCACCGAGGGUUACGUCUAUAAUCAUGAUGAUAGUAGUUCACCUAUUGGACGAUAAUAUAUGUGUUGGAGUUGGGAUUGUUUCGUCUGACCCCAAAUUAGUACAAAAAGUAUUCAAUCGAUCCCACUGCUAGUACUAUUGGGUUGGUGAUGGUACAAUACACAAUAGUUCUGUUG